AUGUCUGACGGAAAGAAAAUGACCUCCAGCCGGAAGCAUCAUCUGAAGAGUUUGAUGCUUCAGAUCGCCGCCGGCUGGAUCGAGGAGGAGAAGAAAGAACUGGUGGCAGCGAAGGAAGCUUACAUGGCUGAGACCUGCCCCAAACCCGACCUCCACGGAGACCAGGCCGCACUCAUGGAAAUCUGCAAGAAGAUCGGUCAAGCUCUCGACAAGAUCGAUGAGGCGAGGUACGACUGUGAGUCCAAAGUGAAGAAGAGCGACAAAGAGAUUGAGGAUCUGAAGCUGAAGGUUGUUGAGUUGGCCGGAGUGAAGAAGCCGGCUCUGAAGAAGGUCCGUAUGUCAGCUGACGCCAUGCUGCAGGCUCUGCUGGGUGGAAAACACAAAGUCACCAUGGAUCUGAGGUCCAACCUGAAGCAGGUCAAGAAGGAGGUCAAAGAGGAGUCGACAGAGCAAGUGGGCGACUGGCGUAAGAACAUUGAGGAUAAGGCUGACAGGAAGAAGAUGUUUGAGACUUCCUAA